AUGGGGCCGAAAAAGGUACCAAAACCAGCAGAAGCGGAAAUCACACCAGAUGGUGAUUCUGAAGGGGGCGGAGCUGCAGGACGAGAGCCCGCCAAGGCAGAGAUACUUAUGGGUGCAGACGUAGAAACCCUAGUUUGCAUGUUGCAAAAAUGCCGUAAGUUCCAGUCUGACCUGAGCAAGCGUUGGAAUGAAGAAACGCAGAAGCAGGAGGAACGAUGGCAGGAGAUGGAGGUACAGGUCCACAGACUCAGAAAGGGCCUGACCGAAGUUGCGAGGCGUAGUCCUCAACACCCCCAUGUACAGCGACCGGAAGAAUCGGAGCCCCAAUCUCCCACGCUACGGGAGCAUUUGGGGAGAGGCUGGGUCCAGUCAGUGAUUCCAAGGCUGGAGGUCAGUGAUGACAUUGAGCCAUAUCUCACCACUUUUGAACGCCUAGCGACCGCAUAUCAAUGGCCAGUGGUCGAGUGGGCAGUGAGGCUUGUCCCAUAUCUGACUGGAAGGGCUCGGGCAGCCUAUGUGGCCAUGGAUUGCGAGGAAUCCUGCAUCUACAAGAAGACCUGCAGGCGGGAGAAACGCCAAGAGUUUUAUAAUCGCCUCAAAGACUUGUAUUUGAAGUGGAUGCAGCCGGAGAAGACUAAGGAGCAGCUUGGUGAAGCCCUAGUCUUGGAACAGUUCUACCGUUCACUAUCACCAGAGCUGAGGGUCUGGGUGAAGGAGCGCAAUCCCACCUCUGGGCGUGAAGCAGCAGAGUUGGUGGAGAACUUUCUAUCCGCCCGGGGUGGGCCAAAGAUCUUCAGGCUUGAACGAAUGUCCAGGAGCAGCGCAUCGGAGGGUCACAAAGAAUGGCAAAAGGAGGGCCUGGGGUAG